AUUUGGCUACAAGAAUGUCGGUUUCCAACACCAGUGAUCACAGUCUCCCCACCACUGUCUUCCUGACUGGGAUCCCAGGGAUGGAGUCUGCCCACUUCUGGAUAGCCAUCCCUUUCUGUGCCACGUAUCUUGUGGCAGUGGCUGGUAAUUCUGCCCUCAUCCUGAUCAUUUCCAGGGACAAUGCCCUUCACGCUCCCAUGUACCUCUUCCUUUGUCUUCUGUCACUCACCGACCUGGCUCUCAGUUCUACCACUGUGCCCAAGAUGCUGGCCAUUUUGUGGUUCCACGCUGGUGAGAUUUCCUUUGGUGGAUGCCUCACCCAGAUGUUUUGUGUCCAUUCUAUCUAUGCUCUGGAAUCCUCAAUUCUUCUCGCCAUGGCCUUCGAUCGAUAUGUGGCUAUCUGCAACCCCCUGAGAUACUCAAUUAUCCUCAACCAUACUGUCAUAGGCAGAAUUUGCCUUGUCAGCACAUUCCGCAGCGUGGCUAUUGUCUCUCCCUUCAUCUUCUUGCUGAGGAGACUGCCCUACUGUGGUCACCAUGUCAUGGCACACACAUACUGUGAACACAUGGGCAUUGCUCGACUGGCCUGUGCUGACAUCACCGUCAACAUUGUCUAUGGGCUGACGGUGGCUCUGCUGGCCAUGGGCCUGGACUCUAUCCUCAUCGCCAUCUCCUAUGGCUUUAUCCUCCACGCGGUCUUUUGUCUCCCAACUCGUGAUGCCCAGCACAAGGCUCUGAGCACCUGUAGCUCCCACCUCAGUGUCAUCCUGGUGUUUUACAUCCCUGCCUUCUUCUCAUUCCUCACACAUCGCUUUGGUCACCACCGAGUCCCCAAGCACGUGCACAUCUUUCUGGCAAAUCUGUAUGUGCUGGUGCCUCCCGUCCUCAAUCCUAUUAUCUAUGGAGCCAGAACCAAGGAGAUUCGGAGUCGACUUCUGAGACUGCUUCACCUGGGGAAGAUCUCAGUAUGAAUUCCAAGUAGAAGUUGGAGAUAAGAAAAAUAAAUGGGAUGGAUAGUUGUACACAUAAAUUUU